AUGGACAUUUAUUUAUUGAGUUCUGAUAUUACACGGGGUGUCGAGAAUGUCUUCGACCUCUUCAUCACCACCGCCACCCCGAGACUGCCUACCAACCAGGCCAAGAACGAUAUCGAUGAUCUCAUCAACAUCCGUUCCCGUUUCCACAAUACACCCUCUGAAAUGUCUGAGAGCGACAGCAUCCAGCCAGACCUAUCGCACGCCUUUGAGAUCCAUACACACCACAAUCUCUAUCCACCUUCCCCAGAGGAAGAGUACGGCAAUAUCAGGUUGAGCCCAGAGAUCGAGCAGUUUAUCCUCGAUAGUGGAGAGUCUGUAGAUGACGUCGUCCGACGACCGCCCAUCCAGCCAAAGCUCGUCGACGAUAGUUUCCCUCUGACAGACUAUUUCAUCUCAUCAUCGCAUAACACUUACCUUCUGUGCCGACAAAUCAUUGGAAAGUCCUCCGCAGCCUCGUACACCAACGUCCUUGGUCGGAACGGGCGCUGUGUCGAAAUCGACGUCUGGCCGUCCCAAAAAGGCCUGAUCGUGACCCACGGAUACACCUUCAGCAAGGGCGUCUCCUUCUCGUCUGUCUGCCAGGCGAUCGGCGAGGCCGCCACUCCCGGAUGUUGGCCCGUGUUCGUCAGUCUCGAGUGCCACGUCGAUGUUGAGGGCCAGGAGGAGCUGGUACGGCAGAUGCUCGAGGCGUGGGGCGAUAAGCUGGUCAAGGGUAAGCUGGAGGGCACGGAGGAGGGCGAUGAUGGCGCGUCGCCGGCGCAGUUAAGAGGCAGGAUUGUGCUUAUGGUCGAGUACUACCCACCAGCGGCUGCUGGGACGGGAGAGGACGAUUCGUCUUCUUCAAGCUCUUCUUCGUCUGACGAAGAGGAGGAAGAGGAAGAGGAACAGAAAGCGGGCGAGGAAAACGGUGCAUUGCCACGAGGAGGCAAGAAACGCGACCACCAGCACUCCAAAAUCUCUGAAGGGCUCGCCGAGUACGGGUACUACGCACGCAGCAUGAAGCCACACAAAGGCUGGCUCCUCCGACAAAUAACCUCCCCUGCCAAUGUCCUCAUCAACAUAUCCGAAUCCACUUGCCUGUCCUUAGUCCCACACUCCCUGCUCGAUCUCAUCGCACACAGCACCCGCCACCUGCGACGCAUCUUCCCCAAAGGCACCCGCAUCGGCUCGAGCAAUUUCGAUCCUUUGGUGUUUUGGCGGAAUGGGAGCCAGGUGGCGAGCCUGAAUUGGCAGGUGUAUGACAGAGGCAUGCAGGUGAACGAGGCGAUGUUCGUGGGCACGCCGGGGUGGGUGUCGAAGCCGGCGAGGAUGAGGAAAGAAGCGGUGGAGGAGGGUGCAGAGAAAGUGGACGGACAUAAGGAAAAAUUGGUUGUGGAGGUCGUUGGCGUCAGCUCAUUGCCCGCGCCCAACGGCCGAAGUGGGAAGACAUUCUCGACGUACAUUCGCUCCCAGGUCUUCCAUGCGAGCGGAGACAUCGAGCGGAAAUCGAAGAGUAUUAAGGUCCAACAUUCCCCAGACGUAGGCGCGGAUGUCCUGUGGCAAUCAACCUUUGAGUACGAAUACAAGGCAGACGAGAUGGCUUUCCUGAGAUUCCUCAUCUAUGAGGACGAGUUCGGCAGAGACGACCGCAUUGUCGUCUUCUGUGCACGCCUCGACCACCUCGUCUUGGGUGAAUGGGUUUUGGUCAGGAUGCUCGAUAUGAAGGGCAAGAACUCUGGAGCCACCGUGCUGGCUCGGUUCAGCCUUUCGCCGGUCCAAUCCUGGAGACGAUCCUUGGCUGAACGCCUGCACAACUUGUCCACCUAA